CGUGUUAUAUUAAAAACCCAAUUUCGUUGUGACUCGUCAUGGAGCCAUCAAGCGUUUGGUUUGACCCAAUUCUUGACUCAUGGAGUUUUCUCUCUUGCGUCCAAAAUAUCACCGGCGCCCCAUCUAUGUCCAGCAAGCCAAAGUUCCCGUGUUCGCAAUGUCAAAAGGUGUACGGCAGAAAAAGUGACCUGAACAGGCAUCACAACAGCGUCCAUAUGAGACAAUGGUCACAUCAAUGCCCUUCCGCUCUCUGUGGGAAAACCUUUGCGCGGAAAGACGUAUGGAAGAGAGUAGAAGCCUGCCUAUGAUCCAGAACGAGGCCGGCUUCCAAUUCAGCUCUAUGGAAACACUACUAAGCCUGACGGGUAUGGGAAAUACCGACACGUCUACUCAGGACGCAGCAUUCUUGAGCUACCUAGCGAAUCCCCAAAACACUGUGGCUCUCUUUGAUUCGGGAUUCUAA